AUGACCACGCCCAACAUAGAUUUUGCAAAAAUUCCUGACAUCGACAACCCAGAUGUUGAGGUAAUUCAAGAUCAAAAUUCAUAUGUUUCAGGAAUACAAAUAAAAUUAAAAGAUAUACCAGCUUUCAUCACAAUUAAACGUCAAAUAUACAAACUUCGUGGGGUCAUACAUUUUUUAAAACCAACAAAUAUAACUGUGGAUAGUAUUGGUCAUUAUACGUCAUAUUGUUUUCGAGAAGGGUCAAACAAAUGGGAAUUAUAUGAUGAUUAUAACAAUAUCCCACAAAAAUGUAAAGACACUAUAGUUGUUAAUGCAGAAAUGAUUAUUUACACUAUUUAA